AUGGUCCUAAGCCAACAACUCGGUCGCCCUCGUCUAACACGCCUUGAUACAAAGGCUCGUUCAGCCUCGAUUGCUUCGAGUGUCUCAUCAACGACCACAUCUAUGUCCUCCGACUCUUUGCCAAUUAUGACUGACUUGAUGCCAGACCCGGCUGAGAUCUCCACGAAGACACCACCACCCCAAACUAACUUGUCGUCUGAUAUGGAGGAAACACUCGGCUUGCAAGAUCUCGAAUUGAUGAUGCACUGGUGCACAACAACAUAUAGAUCUAUGGCUCGGGACCAUGCAGCCGAAUCAUUAUGGCAAACCGUCAUUCCACGCUUAUCAUUACGAUUUCCAUCUCUACGCCACGGACUUUUGGCCUUAUCGGCGCUGCAUGUGGCGGGAACAAGCACCAGCCCGGAGCGCAAAUGGCGAUAUCUAGCUGCUGCUCGCGAACACCAAGGCCUCGCAUUAGCAGGAAUCAACAUCAGCGGUACCCAAGAAUUCACCGAUUCCCAAUGUGAUGCCCAUUUCGCACUAUGUGGUGUCUUGAUGGUAUUUUCAUUUGCAUAUUGCCUGAUAGACGACGACGUGGAAGACGAAGAACGACCUGAUAUUCUAGAUGAAUUCCUAGAAGUAUUCCAACUUACACGCUGGCUUGUAGGUGCCAUGGUAAUGACCCUGGAGCGUGUGACAACCGGCGAGCUGUAUUCGCUAGUUCGGCCUGAUGAAACAAGGCCGAGAAUGCCAAACAUGUCGAGGUUGGUGAUUUCAUCUCUUCAGCGACGGAAUGAGACCGAAGCCCUCCGUGACUCGAGCCACGAGAAGGAAACCUUCAACGAAACUAUCUUGCAUCUCAGCAACUCAUUGGAGCAACUGAUGAAUGGUGGAGAGCCAAAAGAUUUUGCUUUCUGCUGGUGCUUCCACAUCCCGGUUCGAUAUCCCGAACUGGUUGCUGAGCGCAACCCCUUUGCACUAGUUAUACUAGCCCACUAUGCUGUUGUGCUGCACCAUUUACGAGAUUCGUGGUGGAUGGGUGACUGGGGAAUCCGCCUUCUCAAAGAGAUCGUGGAUGAACUUGAGCCAGAAUGGCGCGACUUGAUCGCGUGGCCUGCAGAUGCUAUGGGCUGGUUUUUACCCGACGAAUAA